AUGCUCCGCGCGGCCUGCUCUGCACGGGCGCUGAUGGCCAGGGGCCCGGGCGCCCCUGGGCAUCCGCUUGCUGCCCCCCGGUCAGGGGCAGCCCUCUCUUCUGCGGCCGGCGGCGGCGGCGGCGGCGGCGGCAGCGGCAGCGGCGGCCACAAGCCACCCGCCACCCUUGGCACCAAGAUCAGCUCGCCCUCCGGUGGCCGGCCUUCCACGAUGUCGGACUCGACGUCGGCCACACUGAACCGGUCGCCCGGCGGCGCAACCCCCGGGGCCGGCACCGCGCCUUCCCCCACCGCCUUUUCUACCCUCGCCCGCUCGGUGCCCGCCAGCACGCCGGCCUCUGCGGCCCCCAAGUCGGGUGUCGCUGCCGCGUCGCACGCCUCGAAGCCCGCCGCGCCCGCGCCAAAGCCCGCCGACACGGCGGCCCCCUCCACCACCGCCGCCGCGGCCACCGGCAGCCCCAUCCCCCCGAAGGCUCCGCCCGCGGCUGCUCCCGCGGCUGCUCCCUCAACCGCCUCGCCAUACGCCUCGCGCUACAGCCCGCCCGACUCGGCCAGCGGCAAGAAGAUUACCCAGGUGGGCGCGGCCUCGGCCACCGGCGGCGGUGCCCCGACUGGCCCCCCCUCGGAGGUUGGCUCGUCCAGCGCUUCGUCCUCCUCCAUCAAUCCCGCCCAGAUUGCCGUCCUCCUGGCCAUCCUCGGCUCCGGUGGCUUCCUCGCCAUGAAGCAUUAUCAGAAG